CCAAUCAUGAGGCAUGUGCAUGUUUUGUGAGCUGGGCACCGGCACUACACCGUUGUGGCUCACACCGAUUUGACGCUCUGCCUCGACUUAAGAUUGGAACACCUCGGUCGCUUUAGAUGCGGAAAGUAAAGAGGAGAUGAAGUACUUUGUAGUGCAAGAUGUGUUCCAGUAUACCUGGGAACAAGUGGUCUGUGGAUUCUGGAAGCGCUACCCGAAUCCAAACAGUCGUCACAUAAUGUCAGAGGACGUGUUGGAUCGUAAACUGGUUGGGAACAAAUUAAUUACAAAGAGACUUAUUACCAAAAAAGGCAGCAUUCCAAAGUGGGGUGAGAAAUUCAUCAAAGGAUGUAGCAAGGCGUAUGUGGUAGAAGAAUCUAUUGUUGACAUGGCGAAUAGCACAUUUACAACAUACACAAGAAAUGUGAACUUAAAAGACAUCUCGACAGUAGAUGAGAAGUGUGUUUACACAGCCGACAGACUCCACACCACUCUAACACGCCAGGGGUGGGUAGCAUCCUUCCGUCGUUUCUCCGCAAACAUGAUUGAACAAUUCACUUUCCACAAAUUUAAGAGCUCUACAGCAAAGUCGGCAGAAGGUUUUAAGCUAGUCCUCGGAAAAUUGUACCACCAUGAAACUGAGCACCCUUCCAGAGCUGAAAAGUUGAAGAAUUCUGCAAAAAUAGCUAAAGACAUCGCUAAAAGCAAAGUAUUCCACACUUCCACAUGUGAUGGCAAUGCACGAUAAAAUACUAAGUGUGUGGAAGAAAAAUUAGGGCAGCUUUGAACUUGGUAUUGCAUAACUAUGUUUCAAGUGAUUGGAAACUAUGUUACUUUUGUUUGACAGUAUUACUCAUCAGAUUGGUCAAUUUUGUGUGACUAAUAAAUACUGUGUCUGCAUAAUCAAGAUGACAGUUAUUAGGUAAUGUAUACACAUUUUAUUCAGAGUUUAAUAAAUGGAAUAAUUUUCCUGUACUAAAUGAUUGAAAAUGACACUACCAGGGGUGAUAAAAAAAGUGUAUGAAAAGGUUCCAGUAUUCCUUUAUUAUCCCCGCCGAAAAAAAAUUCGGAGGAGAUAUAGUAAUUGGUCCUGUCCGUCUGUCUAAAACUUUGUCCGGAGCAUAACUCCAAAUUUAUUCAAUGGAUUUACUUGAAACUUAAAAUAUAAACAGAUGGCAACUAGGAGAAGUGCAGUGACCAAGAACCACAACUCUAUCUACCUUAGUUUUUGAAUAAUCUCCCCUUUUAUAUAAUUUUAAAGUAAAUUUUGUCCGGAGCAUAACUCUAAAUCUACUGAAGGGAUUUACUUGAAAAUUGAAAUAUAAACAGAUGGCAACUAGGAGAAGUGCAGUGACCAAGAACCAUAACUCUAUCUAGCUUAGUUUUUGAAUUAUCUCCCCUUUUAUAUAAUUUUUAAGGAAAUUUUUGUCCAGAGCAUAACUCUAAAUCUACUAAAGGGAUUUACUUGAAACUUGAAAUAUAAACAGAUGGCAAGUAGGUAAAGUGCAGUGACUAAGAACCAUAGCUCUACCUUAAUUUUUUAAUUAUCUCCCCUUUUAUAUAACUUUAAAGUAAAUUUUGUCCGGAGCAUAACUCUAAAUCUACUAAAGGGAUUUACUUGAAACUUGAAAUUUAAACAUAUGGCAACUAGGAGAAGUGCAGUGACCAAGAACCAUAACUCCCCUUUUAUAUAAUUUUAAAGUACAUUUUUGUCCAGAGCAACACUCUAAAUCUACUGAAGGGAUUUACUUAAAACUUCAAACUUAAACAGAUGGCAAGUAGGAGAAGUGCAGUGACUAAGAACCAUAACCAUCUACCUUUGUGUUUGAAUUAUAUCCCUUUAUUUAAUUGCAAAGUAAUUUUUUGUCUGGAGCAUAAUGAAUUAUCUCCCUUUAUUUGUUUUUACAAAUAUUAUUCUACUCUCUAAAACAAAUGUUGUCAUACAAGCAACCACAUUUCGGCGGGGAUUUGGCACUACUGUGACAAGCUCUUGUUAAACUUAGUACAAAUGUGCUAUGAUGACAUGUAACUAUGAUAUGGGCAUAAUGGCCCAUUAUAUAUUCUACAUGUAUUUGAAUACAAUGAAACGAUUUA